UGAUAAAAAUUUAGUAUUCGAUCCGGCACGACUCGCGCGCGCGCUCUCGACGUGUUUAAUUGUUGACAAGAUAUUUAAAUCAAUUCGCACGAUACGCGUUGUAAACAAUUAACAUAAUAAUGAAAUAAUAGUGAACAUUACGGAUACAAUACUGUAAAAUUUUAAGAAAGUUUAAAAGUAUGUCGUUAAGAAGAAAAUUGUCGUUUAGAAGGAAGGCUAAGCCGGAGUUGGAAGACUUGUCUGUGUCUGCUACUGUUCUCGCGCCUGCUGAGUGUGAAUCGAACGGAGAGGUUACAGUGGUAUUGUCUCCGACUUCGCAAGGGGCUGCUGUAACACUGUCGCCGGUGUCGGAAACUGUUGAAACUCCCGCGCACGACGAGACAGCCGCUGAAGCUGUGUCGCAACCCGUCGAACACAAGCCCGGGAACUUAGAACACAGUCUGAUUGGCAACGGUAUUGAAAAUACUCAGAUAGUGGAACCGCCUCUAGAUAGCGAUCAAAACGAACGCGAAACCUCUCAGAAGAAAUUGUCGUUCGCGAUUCCGGACGGUAUGACUAUGGACCCAAUGGCGCCGACAGCGCUGGCGAUAUCCACAGAAUUCAUGGACCGCAUCGGUAGCGGCCUCACCAUCCUCAGAGACCACGGGAAAAAACUACAGAAGUAUGUGAACAAGCACAAGUUUGAAGUGAUCAAGCGGUCGUGGAAAUCCAUAGUGAACGUAGUGCUAGUCGAAGCCAAGGACCUGCCCGAUGGACCAGCAGGCGGUUCUAACGGACUCUACUGCAAGUUUAAACUUGGUGCAGAAACCCACAAAUCAAAGCAAGUACCGAAAACCAAGCCGACAUGGCGCGAGAGAUUCAACCUGUAUGUUUACGAAGACAACAACCUGGAGGUUACCGUGUGGCACAAAGGGAAACAAAAGAACUUCAUGGGCAGAUGUUCAAUCGACCUAUCACAACUGGAGAAGGAGAAAACACACGACCUGUGGCAGGAACUGGAGUGUGGCUAUGGGAGUGUCCACAUGCUGGUGACCCUCAGCGCCACGGCGAGGAACAUGCAGGUGGACAACGUGCCUACCACCAACGGUAUAAGCCACGCCGCGCUGCCUGAGGACGACUACUCCUGGUAUCGUCUAGACAGCAACUGGAGUGAAGUGGGGCAGCUGUCGGUGACCGUGUUGGGAGCGCGCGGACUUUGCGCCCUCGGACUUAGCGGCAAGGCAGACGCAUACUGUGUGCUCGAGCUAGACAACUCUAGGGUGCAGACACACACUGUGCGCUCUACUAACGAUCCUAUGUGGAAUAAGAGCUAUAACUUUCCGGUGAAUGACAUAACGUCCACAUUGGAUAUCACAGUAUACGACGAAUCGAUCAUCACAUCCAUGAAAGGAGAGACCCUGGGCAAGAUAUCGAUACCUUUGCUGAGAAUCAACAAUGAUGAGAAGCGAUGGUAUGCUCUCAAAGAUAGAAAUAAAAAGUCCAGCGCCAGAGGAAAUUGUCCAAGGGUACUCCUUCAGAUGUCUGUCGUAUGGAAUCCGGUAAAAGCAUCAGUCAGAGUUUUAACUCCGAAGGAAACCAAGUACAUGCAGAAGCCACCUAAAUUCGACAUUCCUCUAAUAUACAGCAACCUGAAGUUCAUAAAAGACGUCUUCCACGCCAUCUACAUUGGAAACGAGCAUUUAAAACGUGUGUUCGAGUGGGAGAACCGAGAGAAGAACACGCUGGCGCUGAUCGGGUGGCUCAUGUUCUGGCACUUCUUCCGGCUGUGGAUGACGCCGCUCGUGCUGCUUAUACCCUUCGUGUACAACUGGACCGGCUACAGGAGUUGCAAUAACAACGCUCUCGUGGCUUGCAGCCCGUGUGAUGACGAUAUGCCGGAAGAAGAUGUGGAUGUGCAAAAAGAUGAAAAGACAAUAAAAACGCGGAUAUACGGUCUUCAGGAUCUCACACUUACUAUAAAGAACGGGAUCGACUACAUCGUUUCUCUACUUGAAAGGAUAAAACAUUUAGCAACGUUCACGGUUCCAUACUUGAGUUACCUGGCGAUGCUGGUGUUAGUAGCCGCGUCUGUGGUGCUCUAUUUCGUCCCCGUUCGAUUCCUAUUUAUGGCUUUAGGUAUUUACAAGUAUACACGCAAGUACGUGAACCCCGACAGAGUUCCUAACAACGAUUUGCUGGACUUCCUCUCGCGUCUGCCAGACAACGAAAUUACGAAACAAUGGCGAGAAUUGAAAGUUCCUGAACCAAAUAUAAAUAGAACAGAGUCGAUACGAAGACAGUAGAAGAAUGAACUUUAUAAUGUAGUGCCAUAGAGUAAUAAAGGGUGUUGUAACCGUUUAAGUACCGAUGAGGUAUACUUGCCUGCGUAAGCUCAAUACAAAAUGUGAUCCUUAGUUUGUAGAUUAUAGAGUAGUACAUUAAAUAAAUUUAUUUUUACUCCUUUUAUA